CUCUCACAACUCCUUCAGUCAAAACCGUGUUUGUGUCUAGUGUGGGUCCUUUCUCCCUUGACUACACUGUUUAUACUGCCUGUGCAGGAUGGGGUCGAUUCCGCAAGUGUCGGUGUUGCGGGGCGCCACCAGGCCGCUGCCUCGGGUCUGUCUGUUGAGUCGACUGUACGAGGAGAAGGCGAGAAACAACCCAGGGGCUACUGCUGUCAUAUAUAAGGGUAUAACCGGAGCUGUCCACAAGCUGUCGUACAGUGAGCUGGACAGGGCUGCCAACUGUCUAGCUCGUGCUAUAGUGUCUAGAGUGCGUAGUGGUACCUCUGGUGGUGAUCUUGUGGUAGCUGUUAGUCUUCCACCCAGUGAUGCACUGCUGCUGACCCUCCUUGCCAUCUGGAAGGCUGGAGCAGCUUACCUGCCUUUGGAUCAGCAAGCAUCCAACAGAGUACAACAUAUCCUUUCUGAGGCCAAACCGCAGUUAGUAAUCACCGAGGAAUCAGAAGAUAAGCUGGACUCGGUGCUCCGUAGUCACAACACAGUCAGUUUCGCCACCCUAGACGCUGAGGCUGCUGGGAAGUCUGAUGGAAGUCUUGCGGAAGAAGAGAUGUUGCCAUCUACCUCCCAACCCCUCGCACUCGUGCUGUACACUUCUGGUAGCACUGGGGUACCUAAAGGUGUUCGUCUACCGCAUGCUGUAGUGUUGAAUCGUCUCUGCUGGCAGUGGCGAGAGUUCCCCUACGGACAGACUGAACGAGUCUGUGUGUUCAAGACGACGUUGACGUUCGUAGACGCUGUGUGUGAGAUCUGGGGGCCCCUGCUGCAUGAGAUUCCUAUCAGUCUACUAGUGGUUCCUCGCGAGAUAACCAAGGACCCUCAGCGGCUGAUACCCCUACUGGACGAGUACCAGGUGGAGAGGCUGCUUGUUGUUCCAACUCUUCUCCGAGCUAUUCUUCUCUUCUUGACCUUGGAUAAAACAUACAAGUUACAAAACCUCAAGACGUGGGUGUGUAGUGGAGAGCCUUUAGCAGUCUCUCUGGCCCAGCAGUUCUUGGAUCACUUCCACGACAAAGACGUCUCACUCUGUAACUUCUACGGCAGCACGGAGGUAAUGGGAGACGUAACAUUCCACGUCAUCCGCAGCCAUGACGACCUCGCUGCCUUUGACAAAGUCCCCAUUGGACGACCGGUGGACAACACAACUAUCUACCUGUUGGACAAACAGCUGUCAGUGGUGCCUGUGGGAGAGGUGGGGGAGAUCUACGUGGCUGGACUCAACGUCUGCGCAGGAUACAUCAACAACCGAGAUCCUCACAAGUUUAUAUCCAACAAUCACACUGUUGAUCCAGACAUGAGCCGCUUAUACCACACCGGGGACUACGGACGUCUAGUAAAGGGCACAGUGUUGUACGAAGGUCGUACCGAUUCACAGGUAAAGGUCAGAGGUCACCGGGUGGAUUUGGCUGAGGUCGACGCAGCUCUCAGUAAACUGCCGCAGGUAGAGAAGGCAGCGGUGUUGUGCUACAAGCCUGGAGAAGUUGAUCAGAUGGUGAUUGCCUAUGUAACUUUACACUCUGAUCAGAAAUGUUCAGGAGAAGAAAUAGAGAAGGCACUUCUAUCACACUUGGCCAUUUAUGCAAUUCCUCAGGUUAUAGUAGUGGAUUCAAUUCCGCUGCUAAACAACGGCAAAGUUGAUCGACAAACAUUGCUGAAGAGAUACGCUGAGAUGGGAGGAGGAGGAGAGAUGCUGAACAUAGACCUGGACUUGGCUGGAGUGAAAGAGACGGAUGUACCGACAGCCAAGUGUUUGUUACUCACAGUGGCCGCUGUCUUGGGAGGCGCUGCUCGGGGACGAGUCUCUCUCGACAGCAACUUCUACCACCUCGGCGGAAACUCUCUCAACUCUGUCUACACAGUGACUAAACUACGAGAUCAGGGCUAUCUCAUAGGUAUCACUGACUUCAUCUCCGCCAAAAAUCUCAGGCAUGUGUUGGAAAAAAUGGAGCCAGAAGAAGAAGCAAAGGAGGACAACAUAAUAUCCUCCCAAACCCAGAAACCUUACAUCAGAGAAAUCAUAAGCAACAAACAUAAAUCAGAUGUUUACAGGAUAAUCACAGAUAGUUUCUACUCCAAAGGAGACCUAGAGCAGUGCAUUCAGCCACGUAUACCCAGACAAGACUACCAUGAGCUUCUGGACAAAAUAUGGGAGCCUCUGAUUGCAGCUGAACUAAGUUUUGUCCUGCUAUCCCGAGCCACUGGUCAAAUUGUCAGUGUAGCUCUCAGUUUUGAUGCCCAUGACGAACCUCCAGUUCAACUCAGCGGAGGCCUCACUGCGGUUUUUGACUUCUUGGAAUUUGUUGAAGCCCCAAUCAGGGAUUACAAGCUACCCCAAGGCAAAGGCAGGGUUCUACAUGCCUUUAUGAUGGGCACAGAACAGUCUUUGUCGGCCGCUGAGAAUGUCCUAGCCAUGCAGACGAUGGAAGAAGAAGUGUUGUCUAUAGCAACAGCUCGAGGAUUCGCCGGCAUCUUCACCACCAACACUAGCCCUCUUACUAAGCAACUCGGCACUGAUGUUUUUAACUACAAAGUGAUGAGUGAGUACCAAGCCAAUCAGUACGUUGCGUCAAACGGCAGCCGUCCUUUCAGCCGAGCUUCAGACGAACUCAGGGUGUACUGUUCUUGGAAGCAGAUUUGAAGAUCUUUAUUUCCUGAUCGGAAUUUUUUUUUAUUAGAAUUGUUUAAGUAGUGUAUUUAUUUAUUUAUGACUUAAGGUGGGUUUUUCUAGCUCGGUUUUGUUCAAAGCUCCCAAGGAAAUGUGAACCACUGUGCGUAUAGUGCUGCGCCGUUACAUUUUCCUAGCUCCGCAAUAGUUACUAUAACAAAAUUGCUAAAAAGAAGUGAUUAAGUAUAAGUUCUCGUCCUCUAAUCAAAUUAAUAUCACUUAGCAUUAUUAGGUGCUAUUUUUCAACAACUCUUGUUUCGUCCUGGGACGCUAUGCUCUAGCCUGAGAAUGUUUGUCACAUAACUUCAAGGUAGGCCUAGGGGUACUGGCAUUAUCAAAUAGAUCAAAUCCAUUGGUGAUUGGCAGGAUUUGAACCCGGGACCUCAAGGACCGAAUUCCCGCGCUCUAACCACUAGACCAGCUCGCUCCCCGAAACAUAUAAAUACUAGGCUACUUACUGCAUUCUCUUUCAAAGAUGUUAGUAACCUUCACAAAAUGAUCUGCACACAAAAUUAAAAGCUAGAAAAUCUCAGCUUUGGAGUAGUGUUCCACUUUUAAUUCUUAGAUUUUAUCUCAUUAUUAUUACAAAGAUUUUCGAUUUAAAAUCUUUUAAUUUAAUUUUAUUACAUUGAUAAGCGAUAAUAUUUUUGUAUUUGUAAAAAAUAUUAAAGGUGUUAAUCUUUGACUUGAGUGAAAAAUUAUUUUCAU